AUGUCGACAGCCGGCUAUUACCGGUUCGACAUCCUCGUUUUGUUCUUUUAUCAACUGAACCACUUCUUUGGUGUGCAACAACUAUUCCCAAUUUUCCUCAACUACACUCCGAAAACCGUAUGUGAAGGAGAACGAUGCUUUGAAGUACCGAAGAACAAGUGCAUAGAAUGUCCAGACUGCCCGGAUCUUUGCGCUAACGCCACUACGCCGGCUGCUAAGGCUGAAUGUGUCAAUAAAUACUCGUUUGCUUACUUCAAAUCUGCAGCAAUGGAAUACAGAAUUCCCUGCAAACCUGGAUGGAAAAACUUCCGUCCUGCUUUCGCACAAUAUUUUGGCGUAUUGGUGGGUAACCUUUUCUUGGGAUGGAUCGCCGAUGCCAUUGGACGUCGUAAAACCUAUAUUCUGUCUCUUGCUAUCGGUAUACCGGCUCUAGCACUAUCUGCUGCAAUCAACAAUAUUCCGCUAUUCUAUUUGCUAAGAAUGAUCACUGGUAUAGGUAUUGCUGGAACUCAGGUUGUUGGAUGGGCUUACUGUUCAGAACUAAUAUCACCACAUCAGCGUUUCAAAUUGAGGACUUUCAGUAACUGGGUGAGUAAAAGAUUAUUUUCCUAAAA